AAAUUAGAAAAACCUUGCAGUGAUGCAAUUUGUCUUAGUUGCUUAUUUUAUCUUUAUUCUCAUCUUUUUGUGUUUUACAUGCUUAUCUAUUUGCUUAUUUGAUUUUGUCUUUACUCAAAUUAUUUCUUGUUCAUUUCUUUUUUUUUUUUUAGUCUAUUCCAAAAAAAAAUUUUAAGCCUUGCGAUGUUGUUAGUGUUUUAUUUUCAAAUGGUUCUUUUUUUUCCUACCUCUCCAUCUACUCUUUUCUUCCAUAUUUUUUCUUUGUAUUGCAAUUCAACUAUUGGGUCCCGUGUAUUGUUUAUAUAUAUAUAUAUUGAAUAGAAGAUUGUUUUGGUGUGCUUUUGAUAAGUAAAUAAUAAUUUUGUAGCUAUAGAACUUUGUUUUAAGCUAGGUGUGCUACCUACUUGGCCAUCAAAUCUUUUAAUAGGAACUACAUUAUUUUUCUAUAUGCUCUGUUUUAUGUAGAAAUAGAAAUUUUCAGGUAAUAGUUGAUUUGUUUGUGUGAGUAUGCCAUUGUUUUUCAUGGCACAAGAAUUUUUUAUUUUUUAUUUUAUUUUUCGAUGCCAUUUGUUAUUCUUAAUAAUUCAGAUAAAUACCUUCAUUACUAAAAUUGAUGUAUUAUUAAUCCAAAAUUAUAUAUGUACGUCUGACAAAGUAAACUCAUGUUGUUUUCACAUAUCUAGAAGAAUGUCUUUGCAUUAUUUUUUAUUUAAGUUAUACUACCUGAAGAGCUGAGGAUUGUUUUGCUUUGUGUUGUCGCUUAGCUUCGUAGUUACUGUUGUUGGGUGGCUACUAACCAUUUUAUUGCAGUUGGUUGUUUGUUUUGUGACAUCAUGAACUUAUAUAUAUAUGUAUUUAGCAAAUUUAUUGUGAAUAUUAUCAUAAUGAAAUAUAUUUGAGUGUAGAUCAUUGAGUGAGUACUGGAUGUCGUAUCACUAACUUCUGGUUUCUUAAAGCUAUUAUUCAGAGUACUUGUCAUCACUUCCUAUUUUACCUCCCUUAGUACCGGUGGUGAUCAGUUCAUUAAAGAAUUGUUUCCAUGGCACCUGGACGUUGCACCACUCGUUCUACUGCACAUAACCCACACAUUGAUCAGACUAUUAAUGUUAUGACACCUGGACGUCGCACCACUUGUUCUACUAUACAGAAUCAACUGCCUGAAUGCGCCACACACUCUAUUUUACAGAGUCAACCAAUUGGACGCACAACCCGUUCUAAUGUACAAAGUCAACUACCAAGAUCCACCACACAUUCUGCUGUACACAGUCAACCACCUAGAUGCUCCACACACUCCACUAGAGAGAGUCAACAACUUGGACAGACUCAAGAUGAUAGACCUAUCACAGAGUCUACUGCACAUAUUCAACCACCUGAAUGCACCACACACUCUACUGGACAUAGUCAAGAUGAUAGUGUUGCUUCUCAAACACAAUCAGGACAAUCUGUAUCUGUUAAUAAAUCACGUGGGCUUACUCGUGGUGUGAAAACUGCUAGCAUUGCGAAGGCAUCGGCUAAUGGAAAGUUGCCUGUCACUUUUGAUGAGGAGUGUCGUCAACCAAUUUGCACCAAUGCUGAGAGAUUUAAUAAUGACAUUGGAUUUAUUGUUCGUAAUCAUGGUUCAUUUCAUUACAAGGAUUGGAGACUGGUUCCUGAGGAAAUUAGAGCACCAUUGCGACAUUAUCUUUUGGAAACAUAUGAUAUUGAUUUGCUUGAUGAAACAACUAUAAAGUGUAUUGAUGAGCAAAUGAGAAAAGCUUGGAGGAGUCACAAAUAUAAGUUACAUUCAUAUUUUAAAGAAAUUGGAGGAGAAGAGGAUGUUGAGAUGGCCAAGAGAAAGCGACAUCCAGAUCUAAAAGAUGACCACCAAGAAGAUUGGGAGAUAUUGUGUGAUCGUUGGUGCACCCCUGAAUUUAAGGAAAGAGCAUUAAAGAAUACUAACAACUGAUCUAAAAGGAAGUGGGAAUCAAGAAAUGGAUCAGUCUCUACACCACGACACCACAUUCGACGUGGAAUGGACUUAGCUUCUUCCACAGGUCAAAUUGAAACAUGGCGUUU